GCUGUGGUAACUAGUGACGACCGUGGAUCGGGAAGUAUAAGCGCCAUAAACACGGUACAGAUGUCYGUAGGAAUGGUCUAAACAUCCAAGAAGAGCGAACUGGUAUUUUUUUGUGAGUUUGUAGWUAAUCACUCUUCACCAAAUGACGAACUGAAAAGGGAACGUCUGGCCAAGGGUCUGUUUGUCAACUCCCACUGAGAAGAAUGAAGGGGUUAUUCCUGGUAGAGCCACUGGUAGCCUUCUAUUCCUUUGCCAGUUUCCUGAUCUACCCCUUGGUACAACAGUAUGUGUACAGGAGACUAUGGCAGGAGCUGACCAACACCACCUACCCUGUCUCUGACAACAUCUCACGCUGCGAUCCUUCCAACACCAGCAGCCACCAUGAGGAGGUCCAGAAGGCGGCGUCUCUCUUCUCCCUCUACACCGAGCUCUUCUCCAUGAUCCCCUCCCUGGCCGUCACCCUCAUCCUCGUUGCCUACAGCGACCAGCGCGGACGCAAGAUCACCAUCAUCCUGCCUCUGAUUGGCUCUCUGUUCUACGUCCUGUCUUUCCUGGCCAUCUCCUUCUUCGAGCUCGACCUCUACCUCCUCAUCGUCUCGUCGUUCGUCAGCGCCCUGUURGGGGGSUCGGGGACGUUCCUGGGMGGUUGUUUCUCGUACAUCGCUGACCUGUGUGAGGACGGACAGCAGAAGACCCUGCGUAUGGCCGGGGUGGACAUGGUGAUCGGCCUGCUGUCUGGAGUGGCCUCUCUCUCUACGGGAUACUUCCUCCAAGCAGCAGGUUUCAACUGGCCCUURUUCACCUCUGCUCUGUUCCACUGUUUCAACCUGCUCUACGCCGUCUUCAUCCUGGAGGAGACGCUCCAACGACCUCCAGAUGACCCCCUGGACGGAUCUCCGCGCCGCACCGCCAUGCGUCAGCUGGCCUGCGGGGUCUACCAGUUGUUUGCAGGGGCCAGCAGGAGGCGCAAUAUCCUCCUGGUGCUCCUCUUGCUCCUCUUCUCCUCCUUCUCCUUCGCCAACAUGGGCGGGCUCUCCAUGAUCACGCUGUACGAGCUCAACCAGCCGCUGUGCUGGACCGAGAUCCUGAUUGGCUACGGCUCGGCGCUGUCCACCACGGUGUUCCUGACCAGCUUCGUGGGCGUGACGGUGUUCUCUCGCUGCGGCGUCCCCGACCUCGUCAUCAUUCUCAUAGGGAUCCUGAGUGUCAUGGUGGGUAUGACCCUGGUGGCCUUCGCCAAGACCACGCUCAUGAUGUUCCUGGUGAGGCUUCCAAUGCUGCUGGCUAUCAUGCCGUUCCCCGUGCUGAGAUCCAUGAUGUCAAAGAUCGUAUCAAAGAACGAGCAGGGAGCGUUGUUUGCGUGCUUGGCGUGCCUGGACAGUGUGAGCAUCAGUGUGGCGAUAGCUGUGUUCAGUAGUCUCUACGCUGCCACGGUAAACUGGUACCCUGGAUUCUGCUUCCUGUUGUCUGCUGGACUCUGUGUCAUCCCCUUGGCAAUGCUAGC